GAGGUCAAGAGGAGGGAUUUGGAAAAACCACGUGUGCGCAGCAGCACCAUGAACAGCACUGUCCUUCCUCGGUAGACUUGUUUUUGUAAGCUUGUACCCUUCGCAUGUAGCCAGCUAGCCUGGGUUAGCCGGAGAAGCAGAUUUGUUUUUUCUAUUUCUUACAAAGACUCACAAACUCGCGCAAGGCUGCAGCCGGGAUUUGAGCUUUUUUCUGCUGCCACACUGACUGCCGACCAUGGUGAGCAAGACAGAUGACAUACCGGCGUCAGUGCCCGACUGUAAUCCGGUUGAUCUUGCGGAUGAAGCCGGAGAUGGAGCCCAGGACAGCAAGGAGAGCAGCAAGACGCACCUGAAGGAGACGUGUGGCUGUGGUGAGACUUUGCAGAACAGACUAAAUCAUGUCUUUAUGUCACAUAACACUCUUAAACACCACGAUUACACCUUUAUUUGCUCAUCCAGUGUCUAGACAGACUCCUGUGGCCAGCAUCACUGCUUUAUCUGGCUUGUUGCACCUAUCUAAUGUACCUCCAUAUGUGACAUCAAAGUCCUCGGACCCAAGGUGGUGGUCUGUGGAGUUCACCCCUCCUCCAAACCAUCUCCUUGGUCGCCUCUUGUAUAUGUCAUAAAUGCUAAGUAGCGUGCUAACAACCUUCGCACUACAUCCUUCACCUAUUAGACGUAGCCACCAGCCUGUGGCCCCACCUGACACUCUCCCUGCAUGCAAAGAAGUCAAACCCCUCACAGGUUAGCCGCCGGUGCGCUCACAUUAGCCUCCCCAUUGAGUCUGCAGCUAGUUAGCAUACCGGCUAACCGGCUAACUAGCGCGCAACAGCUCCUGUCACUUGACGACAGGUCGUUUCGUGUCCGGAAAGAAGAGGGGGCAUGUGUAGUUAACAAGAUGUUUUUGGUGUAAAAACUAUCUCGAUUUGAAAGCACUUGAGUUAUUGAGUUGACACAGUGCAGCAGCAGGGUAAUGUUGCAGCAGCUAACUGAGACUGACGCACAUGUUCUGUAACAGAAAUGAACUGAAGGUCACCUUCAGUGGAGCUGCGCACUGUCCACUCAAACACGGGGGGGCUCACUUACACAUGACUGUAUUAAACAACACUUUUGAGCUAUUCACGAUUUGUAGAGGAUGUGCUGAGUUGUUUUAAGGUUGUACAAAUGUAUUUUCAAAGAUGUCAGCUGCAUACUAUGCCAGGCAGUCAGUCCUACUUAAUCACCCCUUCCUCCUCCUCCCCCCCGUCGCGGAGGAUUACAUCGGGUGUCCCUCCUCGACCGGGAAGCGGAAGUUAGCAGCAGCAGUAGAAAAAGUCCUGAUAGUGUGCAGCAGCACAUUGGGGAAGGUUACGCUAAUAACACAUGAGCAGACGAGUGAGCAGGUGAGUCUACUGUCCGAUGAGGGAAGUGUGGGUCGUUUGCAGCUAAACAGUAGCAGAGUGCUGUCGGUAAAGGCAGAUUAAACUGAUAAAUGAACUGUUCGCCGGUAAAGUUCACGUUACACAACUUUGAUCAGAGCAACAGAGGUCCUUGCUGUAAAUAUUAUUAAACAUACAUUAAGUGUUUUAAAUAACUUAUCUUUCAUAUUAUCUGACCAAGAAGAAUGAAAAAUGUCUUGCAAAGUGCAGGAUUAAUAUUGAGUGUUGGAGCAACAGUUUUCCACAAGAAAAAUAAAUUAUUGUAUACAUAAUUUGUCCUACCCCUUAUUAAAAUAAACCCUAAACUAUUAAGCAGCAUCCUGCUAAAAUCUUGUGUAAGAGACUGGGGAAAGAAUAAUGACUUAAUUGUCUGAUUUGAAUGGUAACUAUGGACUGUCAUUGUAUUGUGUCAUUAGGAUACACAGAGGGCUGGGCGAUAAAACGAUAAUAGUAUAUAUUAAAAAUUAAUCUCCCUGGAUAUCAAUAUAAAACUUGUUCAAUUUGCUUUUGGAUAAUCGGCAUUCUGCCACGAUAGAGUGUAUGAAUAUCCAAUGAAAAGGGGAGUUGCUUCGAGUCCGCUGCGCGCUGGACCACUCGUGCCAAAUUAGAACCAAGUAGCAAACAACUGCGAAGUAGCAGGCUGCAGCUACAUGCAACUAUAGCACUUUAACACGUGAAGCCGACAGCACUGUCAGUAAGAAUAAAAGAAAAAGAGUGCUACCCCUGGCAGAAAUGCAGAUAAAGGCUAAACAGAUGAUGACAUCGUUGGCAACACUCACUGGCAUGAAAACUUCGGUGGUGUGGAGGUAUUUUGUGUUUUUGAGGCUGGACAUGAAGCAGAGUAAUGUGCACUGCAAACAAUGUCGAGUACAUGUUCUAGCAAAGUCAGGGAAUACCUCAAAUCUUUUUCACCACCUGAAGCAGUGCCAUGUGUUAGUGCACGCUCAAUGCUAAAGGCUACAAACAAUAUUGACUGAUAUGAAAAAUAAUAUCAUGAUGAACUUUUUCCCAUAUCGCCCAGCCCUAAAUACACAAGUAACACAUGGCAGGAUAGAUGGAGGAGGUGAUGGUCUCUGGGAGGGCCUUUAAGGGGCUUAAGGCUCUCCCAUGGUGAACGGUGACCCGGUUAAUCCAAGGAAACACCAGACACCGUGACACUACUCCUCCCUUGACUCUCCUCACAACUAAGAUUCAAGGAUGCUGUAUUCAUUCGCUUGUCACUGUCGUAAAUUACAUUUUUGCCCUUAUUUGCAAUGUUGAGUGUUUUUUUUUUUUUUUUAAUUUGUUUAUUUGACAGGGACAGUACAUCAGACAUUGUUGCAUCUAAUUAAAGAGCAACCAAUGCUGUGUAUGCAGGACCUCUAGCCAUGGCUAAUUUGCGGUCCUUGUUCCUUAGACAGCGGGAAAUACAGCGCAUAAUACAUAAACCACUAACAUAAUAGCCGGUGCAGACAGGCAAUCAUAUGUCUGCACAAAAACAAGGAAUCAGACAAAACAAGCAGUUUCUUCUAUGCACAAAAAUCCAGAGACAUACAUACACAUAGACACACAUACAUGCCAUAAUGUGCAUAUAUGUAAGUUAGUGUUCACAGAUUUGUCUUUGAUUGAGCCAUAGUUUUGUUUUGAUAUUGAAGGCUUUGGGGUCCUUUUUAAUGUUUUUAUUUCUGAUGUUAAAAUAUUCCAAAUUGUGUUUGAAGACAAUCUUUUCAGACACCUUCUUCUUUUGUCAAGUUCAUAACUUUUUAUUAUCUUCUGGCCUCCAUAAAAGUAUUAAAUUCAAACACAUCAGUGUAGAGUAACAGAACGUUUUCUCAUGUUUUGUUUAUGAUCAUUUCUUGACUCGUCUUCAACUUUGGUCAUCUGUGGUAAAAAAAUAUGUUCAAACUGCUAUGGUAUGUUCAUCACAAGUUUGUGGGCCACAAUGAUAUGAUGUUUAACUUAUAUUGUGCAUUAUUAUGAAUCUGUAAGGCUUCACAUGAGAAUAUGCUGUUUAUAAAAAAAAUGGUUUCUCAUGAAUUUUCUACUUGUCAAUAAUUGGCUUCAACUCUACAGUUUCCCACCAAAAUGCACAAUAAGAUCGCCUUUGGAUGGCCUUGAAUGUUCUUGACGUGAGUAAUAGAUGAUCUGAUUCCACAGUCUAAAGAGUUUGUAUUCAUCCGAAUUUGUGGUGGAAUUCCACCACAGAAGCAUGACUGCUGUUUAUCCACCAGGAGGUUUCCUCCUAAUGGGGCAGCAAACCAGCUCGUAGCCAGUCCUUGUGCUGCUGCUGCUGCUGCUGCUGUUGUUGUUGUUGUUGUUGUUUCUCAGGGUCGUCUUGUUGGUUGAUAUUGCCAUGACAACAGCCGAGGUCAGCCUGUGUCAAGGGCUGUGGAGUGGCUAGAUAGCUAGCUGUUGGAUUUAUUGCUUUGUUUUCAGGAGAAGUGGGUCAGGCUAAUGAGCUGAGGGGAGGCUUAUUUCUAAGUAUCCCACCAUCUGAGCGCCCAUCGUGAGAAUGAUCGUGAUGCGCAGACUGAAUCAAAGAAAUGUUCAAUCAGAGGAGAAAUGAGGCCGUGACUGUGUAAACUCAGCUCGCUGCGUUGUUUCGCAGGUUUUGUGAAUUCCUUGUAUUUUUAUUCUUUACCUUUACAUUGAAUGUUGGUGGUGAAGUCUUGCAUAUAAUUUAAAAGUCAGAAAAAAUGAGUUACACUUUUGGUUUUGAGUGAGUUAUAAUUUCAUUAUGAUUCAGUGUGGAAGGAGUACUAAAUAGGAUAAAUCGUUUGAAAUUAAAGUGAAGAAAAGGCAAGACAUGAAUUCAGUUUAACUGAUUCAUGAUAUAUUGUGGGAUUAAUAUGUUAUGUAAAGUUUUAAAGCAAAUUUUAUAAAACACAUGUGAACUGUUUCAAUAGUUUAUUUGUAAUCCAAAGUUUAUAUUGUGUAUUAGUCAUUUUUGACAAUCCUGCAUCUGAACAGAACCUAUCAAACCUUCAGCUCAUACCAAAGUUCCAAAAGUUACCAAAGUUACCAAAACAGUUUUCCUUCCUUUAAACACAAAGGCAUCACGAUGUUCAGCUUUAUUUCUUGAUUUCCAGAAGAUCAAGAAAACAGACACAGAAAAGUUCCUUCUAUUGUCUGACCGUUUCCUUCUCUCCCCCUUGGUGAUGAACUUUCUUUCAUUACUUUUGGCAAACUGGGUCAGUUUUGCAACACGGGUGUCUAGUUACCUCAUCAAUCAAAGUGCUUCUUGCACUUUGCUCAGUUACUUUGACAGUGCGGUGAAUGCCUCAAACCAAAGAUGAAAAAACAAAACUCAUUUAAUAUUCUCCCUGAAACCCUUCUUUCCAACUUUGUCCCUUUUUUUUUUAACAGAACCAGUUUGUUCAGAUGGUUUUAGAGUUAGACAAUAUCGCCAGUGAAGCCAGUCCCCAAAAACUGCUGACACAUGACAGUUGUGUCAGCUAAAAAUGUGGCUCUGGUCUUUAUUUUAUAACAAUGCAGCUGAUUUCAAGAGAUUGGUGAAUCAUUUAUAAAAAAAAAACCCUGAACCAAUAGCUUCAAUUUUUAUGGCGCUCUAUUGUCAGUUGUAGCUGAUUGUGUAGGUGUUUGAUGUGUAAAUAUACGGUUUUGAUUCACAGCCAUGUAGCCUUGUUGUGAGCAGCAGCUGCAGCAGACAACAGGUGCAGAGUAAAAGAUCUAAAACCUGCUAAACUCUUAAUUCUCAGCAGACCCACACUGCACACUGGUGGUGAGGUGUGUGUUGUUGCAUAAGAAAUAGCUAUUACAAGAAUUUAUUGAUUAUGUAUAAAGAUAGACCAUAUGUCUCCACCUCCCACCAUUGUACAAAACCAAAAUCAGAUUACCCCAGUGAUCCAUGGUGACAUUGUGCAUGUGGAGCCAGGGUCUGUGCAGCUCAGAUCUACUGGUGCAGCCGUCCUCUUUAUGCCCCACCCCUCUAAUUAAUCAAAUAUACAAAUCUACAUUUAAGAGGAAACAGAUCCCUCAGCAGCAGUGCAGUAUUUUGUGUUGGUUAGAAGCAGACACUCACGAUUACAUCUCUGUUGUCCUCUACUCUGCUUAUCCAGAUAACACAGCAGCAGCAGCACAGGAGCUUCAUUUUGAUGUUAAAAAAAUCUCUGGAUAAUGAACAUUCAGACAUAAAUCAGCAUUUUGAGAGAAACAGUGUUUGAGGAAUAAAUCUUUGUUGUGUAUUUUAGUUGUGCAGUUGAUCCCAUAUGGCAUCUUUUUAAGAUAUUUGAGACAGGCUUAAUCACUCUGACUGCAGCCAGUCGGUGGGUGGGGGGUGUUCACCUUAAAGAAAGUCAGUCUCUGUCUGAAAAUUCAUCAUGCUGAAAACAACAGGUUAAAAAUUAAUCCUUAUUUUAGUUUUUGCAGCUUCAAAAAAUAGAUUUGUUGAAGUUACCUUUUAAGAUUUUGUUCAGAUCGGAUCAUUUGUUUUCAGUGCCCGUGGAGAGUACCUCCACAACACCCAGCCCCCACUCUCCUCCUCUAUUAAGUUACAUCAUUAACUCCCUUUUCUGCUCCGAGCAGUCGUGUUUGUUGUUUGAAGUUUGGCAAGCUGCCUCUCUCUCCCUUUUUCCCCCUUCCCUCUGCUCCUCCUCCACCAUUUCAGCUCUCACCCUCUGGAGCGGGGUCCAGUUAUGAGGCCCCGCCCCUCCCUUUGCCCCUGUCUCUUCAGUGACCCUGACGUUGUUUACCCUUGACAGUGAGCAAGGACACACUGCUGGCAGCGAACAAGUCCCAGCGAGAGAAAACAGGUGUCCGACAUCCACCGACUCAGCUCUGCUCCCUCUUGACGGAGAGCUUCAUUUAUAUUCUCAACGUUUUCCUCUCACCUUAAAGAGCGAGGCAUGAAGUUCAUGCAUGGUAUAUUUAUAAGCUCAGCUGCUUUGUAGCUCAGAAUUUCCAAAUUGUUCUUAUUUUAUGAAUGAGUAACUUUCAGAUUGAAAGAUUGUCUGCCAGAUUAAGGGCAGCUACAGGGAUAAUUCACAGGGCUUAUAUUUGCCACAAUCAGCUGUUGAAGUGACCAAUAAAUCCCUCUUGUGAUACUGAAAUCCCUCAAGACUUCCUGCUUUAACUCCCUCCAGUAUUUCAACAGUGUCGGUUUCAACAGGUCAGAGUUGGAAAUACUUUCUCAGUGGAUCAGCUGAACAAAAAGUUUAAUUUCAAAAUAUCUGCGUGUUGUAUUUGAAACGGUUUAAAAGUGAUUUCACUUCUUGUACCGUUGAUGAUUGAUGAAAAUCUGGAUCUGUGAAUCUACGUGUUGUUGUUUGUGUGUUGUUCAUUCAAGUUUGGAUGAAAUGUCCUUGACAGCAGCAUGCUGUACCCAAGCUUUGUUGGCUCUGUUCACUUUCUCAUAAAUAUUUCAGGAGGUUACUGGUGAGGUCAUCCAGCCAUGGGUUUGUGUACUGUGUUUGUAGUCGCGCUGCCCGGCAGCAUCGCAGUUUUUUCAUGUGGAAGAAAAGUUUCAAUUUUCACAGCUGACGGUCUGAUCGUGUCGUUUCCUCCUGAUAAGAUCGAGAGAUUAUUGACUAACCACAGCGGAGGAACUGCAAUACACAGAGAUGUUUGAAAACAACACGUCUGAAAGUGUGGCCUUUUUUUGCUUUUGUUUUUAAGUCAUACUGAUUUCCUCCAAAUUGCAGGGCACAGUGCAGAUACAGCCAUGGUGAAUGGUGACGGCGCACACGGGCACACAGACGAGGCGGAUUCAAAGCAGGACGGGAACGGUGAAGCCGAUGGAGGAGAGGAGUCCAACGAACAGGAGGUGAUAGUGAUCCAGGACACGGGCUUCACUGUCAAGAUCCAGGCACCGGGGACAGAGCCGUUUGACCUGCAGGUAGGACUGCACAUACAUGUUCAAACAUGAAAUAGAUGCGUUUGGACUCACGGAAGAAUUCAGAUAUCUGGUGUAAUUCUGCUGGUUACCUGCAAGGAGAAAGAUUCAGUUACGCUUUUUAAAAAUGAGGAAUUCUUCCUGAACAUUAGAGAACUGCUCCUCAGUGUUUCAGCGUCAUGUGAGCUCUCAGGCCUCUAGAUUUCAUACCCAAACCAGCCUAACUGGACCACAAGAUGUAACCAGUGCUGGUUAAGGCCUUUUUUGGUCUGAACAGCCGGUUGUUUACAUAUUUUUUUAGCCCGAGCCUGAAAAAUAUGUCAGCAAUGUUUUCAAAUAAGAAAAUACACUAGUCAGAUGUACCAAGCUGCACUAAAUCAUAGUUUUAUUUGCCUCCUCAGGUGUCUCCUCAGGAAAUGGUCCAGGAGAUCCACCAGGUGUUGAUGGACCGUGAAGAUACCUGCCACCGCACCUGCUUCUCCCUGCAGCUGGAUGGAAACGUGCUGGACAACUUUGCCGAGCUGAAGUCUAUCGAGGGCCUGCAGGAGGGCUCGCUGCUCAAAGUGGUAGAAGGUCAGAGCAGGACGCUUUUCUUUCACAGUGUGUCCUUUCGCUACACAGCUGAUCAUUACUCAGCAGUUUUCACCACAGUCUGUGUCUACACUGCAAGACAGGAAGGCUGGAUUAACCGGUGUUGUACUUAUUAUUGCAGAGAUGGUUGUACAUUAAGUAUCCCACAGGGUUGACAUACAACUACAAACUGUCACUGUAUAAUCUCUGAUGUAUUUGACAACUGUUUUAUCAGUAUGCAAUAACAAUAUGCUCGGCUAUGCGGGUGAAAACAAAUAAAUCCUAAUAGAGUGAGAUAGAAAUAGACUUUUUCAAUCCAGAUCAACAUUUGUCAACAUCCUGGCCACAGAGGUUGUAAAGGCCAGGAUGUGUGGAUAGAAAUAAAGAUAUUUGAGCUGUAAUUAUUUACCCUCAGCCUGCUGUAUCAUCCAGCCUAGGGAGUUUCAUGUAGCUGCAGGCGAAAGCCAAACUGUAAAGUUUGCUCAUCUUGAUCUGUUACUUGUCAAACCACUCCCUUCUUCUAUUUAUACGCGCCGUGUUUAUCUUGUCUCCUCUUCCCUCAGAGCCGUACACAGUGCGAGAGGCCCGCAUUCACGUGCGCCACAUCAGAGACCUGCUGAAGAGUCUGGAUCCGUCAGAUGCCUACAAUGGGGUGGACUGCAACUCGCUCUCUUUUCUCAGCAUCUUCACUGAUGGAGACCUCGGAGGUAUGUCAUUGUUGUUGAACAUAACUGAGGGGUAUAUUUAUUUGAAUGUGCAGUUUUUGUCAUGCAUUAAAGUUUGCACAUGCAGAUGGUCUGAUGGUCUUCUCACCUUGCUUGUUUUGAUGUUAACUGCAGAUAGCGGAAAGCGGAAGAAGAAGGGCAACGAGCUGGAGCAGAUUGACUGUACCCCCCCUGAACACAUCCUGCCGGGCAGCAAAGAGCGCCCCCUGGUGCCCCUCCAGCCACAGAACAAGGACUGGAAGGUGAGAAGAAAUGGAGACUCAGUUUGAGGAAAUUUUCUGCAGAAAGGAAAAUUGACAAAGAAAAAGUGCUUGCAAAACAAAACACAAAAUCUAAUUAAUCUCUUUUUAACUAUUUGACUCGGCUUAUAUGUAAUUCCCAACAGCCCAUGCAGUGCCUGAAAGUCCUGACCAUGAGUGGCUGGAACCCUCCUCCUGGAAACAGGAAGAUGCACGGUGACCUCAUGUACCUGUACAUUGUGACUGUAGAGGAGCGCCACGUCAGCGUCACUGCCUCAACACGCGGCUUCUACCUCAACCAGUCAGUAAACAGUUCAGCUUUGCUGCCCUAUGUUUUUUAUACUCUGUUUAUACGUUGUAUAUGCAAAAUUGAAUAUAGCUGUUUGUGUUUCUACUGUCAUGAAAUGUACAACUGUAGGUGAAGCACUUAAGGAGAUGCAGGUGCGAGCAGAAGGUCUGCUAAUGGUGUCAAGAUCCUAAUUUUGGAUCAGUUUGGAUGCCAGCAAAGACUUAACCCUCUAAUUAAAGAUUUGUGUAGUUGGAUAACAUGAGAUUACAAUUUAAAAAAUGCAGAUUUUUAGAGCAGGAUAAUGUCUCUUCAUCUGACGGUUCUCUAAAAGCCACCAAAAGUUCACUGAUUUAGUGUUUUUGAUUUUUAUCACACUGCUCCCCAGGAUAAACGGUUUCUCUCCAGACUUUUUAGAAUGAACAGCCCAAAUUAAUCCUUAAAACAAGCCAUCGCAAUGUGAAAGUGUGCUGAUCUGUAUGUGUGUAAAUCCCAGAUCCACUACCUACACCUUCAACCCUAAGCCAGCCAACCCGAGCUUCCUGAGCCAUUCUCUGGUGGAGCUGCUGAGCCAGAUCAGCCCUGCCUUUAAGAAGAACUUCACUGCCCUGCAAAAGAAAAGGUGACUUUCCUGAAUCAGUCAGUACUGAUCCACUAUGUCAUAACAGAAACUUUCCUCUCCUCUGUCUGCACUGUAAAAAGCUUUUCUUCAUUUAAUCCUUUGUAUUUUUGUUUCAUUAAAUCACUAACUCUAAAUUUAACUUUUGAUUCAGGGUCCAGAGACACCCGUUUGAGAGGAUAGCCACACCCUUCCAGGUGUACAGCUGGACAGCUCCGCAGGUAGACCACGCCAUGGACUGUGUCCGAGCCGAGGAUGCCUACACCUCUCGCUUAGGUUAUGAGGAGCACAUACCUGGACAGGUAGUACAAGUGAACAUAGGAGUAAUUGGAGAAGUGUUGUCUGUCAAGUAUCAAUAUGUUUGUUAAUGUUGAUUUCAGACCAGGGAUUGGAACGAGGAGCUGCAAACCACCAGAGAGCUGCCCAGGAAGAAUCUGCCUGAACGCCUGCUGAGAGAAAGAGCCAUAUUUAAGGUACUGCAUGAGUCAGCGGUGUGUGGAUGUGUGUCAGGAGGAACAAAUUACUUCAAAUCACCCCUCAAGCAAAUAAUCUGUCUUCACAUUUAGCAAAGGAGACCACAUGACUGUGAAUUACCAAAACUGCUGACUCAUUCCACUAGUUAAUCAUGUGAUGCUUAUGUCUUAUGUAGAUAUGUAGAUUUUGUCUAUAUCGAACAGUUUCUCCUUCCUCUGAAUUACUAAAUAUGUGUUUUCCUCCUGUAGGUCCACAGUGACUUUGCAGCAGCUGCCACUCGAGGCGCCAUGGCAGUCAUAGACGGGAAUGUGAUGGCCAUCAACCCCGGAGAAGAAACACGAAUGCAGAUGUUCAUCUGGAACAACAUCUUCUUCAGCCUUGGCUUCGAUGUGCGGGACCACUAUCGGGAGCUGGGCGGAGAUGCCGCCGCCCACGCAGCGCCCACCAAUGACUUGAAUGGCGUACGAGCUUAUGGGGCUGUGGACGUGGAGGGUCUGUACACUUUAGGGACUGUAGUGGUGGAUUAUAGAGGGUACAGGGUCACUGCUCAGUCCAUCAUCCCUGGGAUCUUGGAGCGUGAGCAGGAGCAAAGCGUUAUCUACGGCUCCAUUGACUUCGGGAAGACGGUGGUGUCCCACAACAAAUAUCUCGAGCUGCUGGAGAAGACGAGCAGGCCACUCAAGGUCAGUAACACGAAUGUCUCAACCUUUUGAAGUGAUUCUUUUAUAGUCCACCGAGUUUAUUGUGCAAUAUGCUGUGCUGAAUUUCAGGUCCAGAGGCACAGUGUACUGAAUGAGAAGAAUGACACAGUAGAGCUGUGCUCUUCUGUCGAGUGUAAAGGCAUCAUCGGAAAUGAUGGCCGCCACUACAUCCUGGACCUCCUUCGUACCUUCCCCCCUGAUCUUAACUUCCUGCCUGUGGAUGGAGAGGUGCUGCCUCCAGAGAGCCAGCGCCAGGGUUUCCCCCGCCAGCACCGCCAUCGCCUGGCCUGUCUACGCCAGGAGCUUAUAGAGGCCUUUGUCGAGCACAGGUGUGUGUCAGUGGUACUGUGUGUCAUCACAUUUUGUUCCAACCUGCAGGUGUUUGACAGUGUCUCUGGUUUCUCUUCAGAUAUCUUCUCUUCAUGAAGAUGGCAGCAUUACAGCUCAUGCAGCAAAAAGCAAACAAAGACACUAAAUCUGACACACCUGCCAUCACAGAAACCUCCGAGACCCCCUCAGAAAACAAACCUGACACAACUCAGACACAGACAGCCUCAUCAGACUCUCUCAGUGCGACAGACGCGUCUACUGACAGCACAAGCACGCCUGACAACAGCACCUCUGCUGCCCCACAGACGGCAACGGAUGGUGAAGAAAGCUCCCCAAAGCCCACCACAAACGGGCCUCUAGAGCUCACAACCACCCAGAACGGGGAAUGCAAGAGCCCACUGGAGGGUAAGGAGCUUGAGGAAAGUAUUCCAGGAUUAGCUCAAGCCAAAGAGCUGGCGGAGACCUUAGUUGCCGAAGAUGGAUCUUGUAUUGGUAUGUCCAAAAAACAAAUGAGGCCAAGACGAUGCAGGGAGAGCUACUCUGGUGGAUUAUUUUACAUUCAGAUAUUUUUAAAAAGCAGCGACUCCUAUUCGAGCGGCUAAAGAUCAGGUAGAGCUUCAAAGCAGCUUCAGCAUCCGUCCACCAGACUAGUUGUUCCUGCUGUCCUCAGCCUGCAGAGGGGACACGUUUUGGUCCCCAAUCAUCCCACCUCACUCUCCCAAGCCUGAGAUUUGACCCAUUAAUCCGAAUGUGAUCUGGAAUGCCAAAAUAAUCAGUGAUCUGUGUGACACCCAAUCACAGCAGCCUGCUUGUCAAAUGUACUGACCCUGAUAUGUGUGUUUUUUUUAAGUUAAUCAACAUGUUUGAAGUGGUGGUGGGUGGCAGCCCAGGGCCGUGUCCACAAGAAGUUAAAACAAAUUUUUGACAAAUCCGUUAUCAGCUUCAUUAUCUAUGUAAUGAUCCUUUUGACUCGUACGACAUUGUAACACUGACUUCAUGUGGACACGGCCUAAGCUGUCACAUUUGAGAUAUAUUGAUAUAAUGUGUCCAUCUUUGGCGUUGUAAAUGAUUUCUCAUCUUUUUCUCUGAUGUGAUCCUAAUCGACAACAGACCCCAAGAGCCGUGAGGUGGUCCUCAACGCGUGCAAGGCAGUCGGCUCCAUCAGCAACACAUCUUUUGACAUUCGCUUCAACCCUGACAUCUUCUCCCCAGGUAAGCAUAUCAGUCUUACAAGGCAGAUAAAUGGAAAACCUCUAAAUAAUAGAUUUAAAACCAUCAACGGUGUACACACAUUUAUGACAAAGAAAUUAGCCAUGUAGUAUCAAAAAGAAACAAACCAGCAUUAUGAUAUUAUUACAUGUACUGAGAGGUAUUUGGAUUCUUAUCAUCUAUUCUAGGACAAAACUAAAAGCUGCACACAUUAAAAAAAUAUGAAACCGUUUUAUCAUUUCUUAUUUCUGUAGUUUAUUUUGGCCGGUAAUACGCUGAAAAAAUAUGUUUAAUUUGUAAAUUGAAAGGUUGAAAUCAGAAGACAAUCAAUAUGUCCAUGGAGAUAUUUUCACAAACAUAGACUGAUAUGAGAGACGAGAAUAAAAAAAAUAUGAUAAUUGGUAGAAAUUGUCAGAAACUAUGAGCCUGUGGUGCAUCAUAGAACUGUAGUGUCUCACCAAGCGGAUGAUUAAUCUUUCUGCCAUUUUUAAGUUGGAGAGCCGCCAAAUAACAGAAUAUAUAUAUAUCAAAUAUCAGUCUUGUUUGUUGUCAUUUUUUUGUGCAUUUGACUCUGAGGUCAGAGAGAAGGAGAGAUAAUUAGAGGAAGAGGUUGACUGUUUGUGUCCAUGUGUGUUUUCGAAUCAGGAGUACGUUUCCCACUUGACAGCACAGAUGAUGUACAGAAGCAGAAACAGCUUCUUAAAGACGCUGCAGCCUUCCUGGUUUCCUGUCAGAUCCCAUCACUGGUCAGUGACACAGAUACUCACUCAACCAGAAAAUUCAACCUCUGCGUGACCUGGAUCUGCGUCUGAGGUUUAAGUCAUUUAUGUGUGUGUCUGUGUGUGUGUGGUUGUUGAUGAACCAGGUUAAAGACUGUUUGGACCACAGUGCUGUGCCCAUGGAUGGAGCCACGCUGACAGAGGCCUUGCACCAGAGGGGUAUCAAUGUCCGCUAUUUGGGCACAGUUCUGGACUUUUUGGAUAAAACUCCUGCUAAAGCCCAGCUGGAGCACUUCUUUGUGAGUCUGAGUAGCUUCUGGAGCUGACAAAUGCUGUCCCAUACCUCGAGUUUCUUUUCUUCUUAUUCUAAUGUUAUUUUUACAUCCUACAGAGAAUAGGAAUUAGUGAGCUGAUCACCAGAUGUGCAAAACAUAUCUUCAAGACAUAUCUCCAGGUUGGUAUGAUUCAACGUUCAUGCUUCAUCUGGCCUCUUUUGAAGGACAAACCUUAAUCUAUUUUGAUGAAUAUUUCCAAUCCUAUAACAUUUUCAGGGUGUGGAGUUGUCUGCCCUCUCUGCUGCCGUAAGCCAUUUCCUCAACUGCUUCCUGAGCUCCUUCCCCGAUGCGGUCGCCCAUCUGCCUCCCGAUGAGCUGGUGUCACGCCGCAAAAGCCGCAAGCGACGCAACAGGGUCCCCGGCGGGGGCGACAACACGGCGUGGGCCAGCCUGACGCCCAGCGAGCUGUGGAAGAACAUCAGCUCUGAGGCCCAGAGCUACUAUUACUUCACUAUCCAGUGGUGAGGACUCAGGCUGCGGCACAGAUGUUAAAGCCUCCUUUUAACAUCAGCAUAAUUACAGGUGAAAUGUUUCUGUUUGUAGUGAAAGUGUGGACCAGGUGGUGGAGAAGUAUGGCCUCCAGAAAAUCACUCUGCUCAGAGAAAUUUCCGUCAAAACGGGCAUCCAGGUAACACUUUUAACAUCCAGCCUUGAUUCCUCUCUGAAAAACCCAACAGCAUAAUAACGUUUCCUUCAUUUUUUUUAACGCCUUCCAGAUUCUGAUCAAGGAGUAUAACUUUGACAGUCGCCAUAAGCCUGCCUUCACAGAGGAAGACAUCCUGAAUAUUUUCCCUGUCGUGAAGCAUGUUAACCCCAAAGCCUCAGAUGCCUUCCACUUCUUCCAGAGUGGGCAGGCCAAAGUGCAGCAAGGUGAAGGACACUUUUGAAGGACACUAACUUCUUAGAGAAAUCUAGAUUAGACAAAUUCACUCACUCUUCUCCUCCUUUUUCCCCCAGGUUUUCUGAAGGAGGGUUGCGAGCUAAUCAACGAGGCUCUUAACCUUUUCAACAAUGUGUACGGAGCCAUGCAUGUUGAGAUCUGUGCCUGCCUGCGUCUGCUUGCACGGCUUAAUUACAUCAUGGGAGACCACCCUGAGGUAGGCAAAUAUGACACCUUUGACUAUGUCAGCAACUUCAGGCAUUCUGGAUUUCACUAAAUUACAUUUUCUUUGUGCCCACAGGCUCUUAGCAACCAGCAGAAGGCUGUUCUGAUGAGCGAACGGGUGCUUGGCAUCGAGCACCCAAACACAAUCCAAGAAUAUGUAGGUUAUUGUGCCAAACAAAGGGCAGUAUUUAUACUCAGUAUGUUUAAAAUCCCUCUUACCUAAACGCUUGUUUCCUGUUUGUUCUCCUAUUUCUCAGAUGCACUUGGCUUUGUACUGCUUUGCUAAUGGUCAGCUGUCCACCGCCCUCAAGCUGCUGUAUCGUGCACGCUACCUCUUGUUAAUGGUUUGUGGCGAAGACCACCCAGAGAUGGCGUUGCUGGAUGUGAGUAUCCACACUGAGCAUCAAUGUUCUUUGUGUUUAGAAAAAUUUAAACCUCCUAAAGGAAAAUAUACACCAUAAAUGACCAUUAUGUGUGCUCUUGUUUCUGCAGAGUAACAUCGGGCUGGUGCUGCAUGGAGUGAUGGAGUACGAUCUAUCACUGAGAUUCCUCGAGAACGCCCUGACCAUCAACACUAAGUACCACGGACCUCGGUCUCUCAAAGUAGCCCUCAGGUAAGGAGAAAGUCCUCUUCUGUAUGCACAAAAUAAGUGUCACGCCGACUAACAUGCGGACUUAAAUCACGUAUGUAAUAUUUUUCCAGUCAUCAUUUGGUGGCGAGGGUUUACGAGAGCAAGGCUGAGUUCCGCUCUGCACUCCAGCACGAGAAAGAGGGCUACACCAUUUACAAGAACCAGGUAACACUCAAUCAAUCAAUCAAUCAACUUUAUUUCUAUAGCACAUUUAAAAUAACCACAAGGGUAGCCAAAGUGCUGUACAAUGACACAUAAAAACAAAUAACACAAAGAACAAGAUAAAGCGAGCAGAAAUACAUUAAUGCAAAGGAAUAAAUAAGUAAAUAAAUAAGCAGGCUCACGGCAAGUGCUAAGAUGAUAAAUAACACUAAGUAUCAAAAGCCAAGGAGUAAAAGUGUGUUUUUAAAAGGGAUUUAAAAACAGGAAAUGAGGAGGCCUGUCUGAUUUUCAAGGGCAACUCAUUCCAGAGCUUCGGGGCAGCAGCAGCAAACGCUCUGUCCCCUCUGAGCUUCAGCCUUGUAUUUGGGACCGUCAGUAGCAGCUGAAACCCCUAUCUGUAUUGACUCCGAUAUGUUUGAUAUCUUCUAAUGCUUAUAUUUCUUUUAUUCAGAUGGGUGAGGCACACGAGAAAACCAAGGAGAGUUCAGAAUAUCUGAAGUACCUCACCCAGCAAGCCGUAGCUCUGCAAAGAACCAUGAAUGAGAUCUACAAGAACGGAUCCAACGCUAGCAUCAUGCCCCUCAAGGUGACUGCAGUAAGCUGUGAAGUUGUUUGUUUGCUUCAUUUCCACCACCUAGAAGUGAUGCUAUGUUUUUUUUCCCUCCUGUUUUCUAGUUCACUGCUCCCAGCAUGGCCAGUGUUUUGGAGCAGCUCAACAUCAUCAACGGCAUCAUCUUUAUACCACUCAGGUAAAGUCAGAAAGGAGCUUUAUUUUAUGUGUUUUUUGGGGGGAAAAAUUAGGAAACACUUUGUGGUCCUUUGUCAGGGUAUCUGGUUAUCUUUAGAUGAUAAAGCCUAAACUAAACCCUUAAUUUGAACUACAAGAAGUUGACACUUUUCUGGUGUUUUCUUUGCAGCCAAAAGGAUCUGGAGAACUUGAAGGCAGAGGUUCAGAGGCGGCAGCAGCUUCAAGAGCUGGGAAAGAGCGAAGAGCCUAUUGAAGACAGCCAUCCAGAGCUAGAGGACAAAAUUCCCAUCGAUUAAUGUCUAAACGUCCUCAACACGGCUACUUUCUGCUAUUUGGGGGGGAGGGGGGAGGAGGAGGUCGUGACUUAACAGCAAUGUCACCAAGCCUGUGGAAGCAAGUGUGGAGCCUUGUGAAUCAGCAUAGAAAUAAAAAGGGGGAGGGAUGGGUGAAGGCAGUGCAGAGAACAAUCUGUCUGAAGUUUAAGGAAAUAAAAUACAGAGAAGGAACUUCCUACAAGGUAGGAAAGAGAGGGAGGAGAAAGUACAAACAACAUAGAAUCAAUGGUAACGUGCAAUCUGACUAAUCCUCGGCCUGAGAACCUGCUGAUACAGAUGCUAGCUGCUGUAGAAGUACAAUUGCAUAUGGACAUGUGGGUACAGCCGGGGAGGGAGACCAAGGACGACCAUGACAUUGUAUACCAGAGCCUUAUCCACCGCACCAUAAUCCUCCGAUACUUCUUCUUUUCAGCUCAAACAUCCUACAGCACUGCUAGCCCAGGACCAUAGUCCCCACCAUUCCCUAGAGAGCUGCAGAGACCCCCCCGGGCGUGUAGCCACCCCUCCCCCUCCAGUGGUGCUCAAAAUGAGGAAGCACCAACCCUGUCCUAGAACUCAGGGGUACUUUCUACUGUGCACUAAGACCAGAAAACAGUCACUAAAUUAAAAAAAAACGUUUCAAGUGGGGCUUCAGAAUGUAAAAUCCCUUCUUGUUUUUUUUUUUUUUUUGAGCCACAUCUGCAGCAGUCACCCAUCACUCUCACACGUCCCCUGUGGUUAAUUAAUUUAAUCAUUCUAUCAUUUGUACAUUACAACAUCCCAGGUGGGUGCCUGCUGGUUCUGAUGGUUCCUUUCUCUCUGAGCACGAAAAAUAAUACAGUCACACAAUAGAGAGCCUUCAACCAGUUUGAUUUCAUUUGCUGGAAUUUUUUUUUCUUCUUUUUGUAAGUGAAAAAUGGAUUUUGUAAAAGUGCAAAGGAAAAAAGGGUGUUUUACACCUGUUGAUCAUCAAUUAAUUUAAGCCAUGUCUGUUUUAUAGAAAAAUGUAUAGAAGUGGAAAAAAAGAUGUAUAAAUCUCUAUCAGAUUUAGGCAGGUGAAUGAUGUUAAUGGAAAAACACAGAUAUGAAAGACCCACUUUACGCAGUAGAUUUAUCUAUCACUAUACUAGCUGUGUUCAAUAUUCUAUUUUUACACAUUGAAAGAAUAUGUGCAUGUAUGUUUGUAUGUAUGUGUGACAGUGUGUGUGUCUUUGUGUAGUCCAACAGAAAAUCUAUUGGCCAGGGCUGUUGCUGCUUUUGCUGCUGCUGCAUAGUUUGAAUAGAGGCUAAAAGCGAACAUUGGCUUUCCAAAUGUUUUAUUUUUCUACUUCUAGUCAACCUGUUGGAUGGCUGAUGCCUCUUUUCUUUAAUCAGUCAUGGCCAGCAAUGUUGUUAAUCUGUUCCUGGAGGAAUUAGUUCUAAAAUGAGCCUCUUCUCAUCAUUGGCAGUAGAGACUUGAGUUAUUACUGCGGGGUGUUAUUUUUCUUAUUCCAUUUUUGAGUCAGUUUUUCAUAUGUAAUGGGGACAAAAACCAGCCAGGAGUGUCUGUUUAUUGAGCAGUGUUUGGUGCACUUUCUCGUGCUGUUGGAAUGUGCGAUCAUGUUCACAGCACAACCAAAAGUGGGCAAAAGAAGAGCUGCCUCAAUAUGGUACCAAAAAUGACUGAUAAAGGUUUGUGUGCGCUUGUAUACAUGCAAUGUAUCCUUCCUAAGGCAAUUUGUUACUUAAUUGUUGCCGUGUCUAAAUGUAUGUGAUUAAAGCAAUAGAGAGAUGGUGCUGGAAUUGUUUUUCAAGAAUGCAGUUUUUACUCUACAAAACAACAUGCAAGAUGGACUACUUUCAGUGUCUGGCUGGAUACUGUGGAAAUAAGGGGGCUAAAUGAGAAACAACAAAACGAGAGCUCUUCAGAUUGACUCAGUUGUUCCAGUGUUUUUUUUUUUCUGAUUGUGCACCUAAAACAUGAUGUCAUAACAUCAAUAGCAGAGCGUGGUGUAUAUUGUGCCUCUUGUGUAUGCUUCUGAAUGGAACAAGGGUGAUGACAGGUAAUAACUUGAUAAAAUAUGCCUCUUGAUUUUUGUUUUCUGUCGUAUUAUUAUUUUUUUUUUUUGUUAAAAAUCAGUUUCUUUAUCUCUUUCUUUUGUCCCACUCACCAAAUGGUUGUAGUAAUACCAAUAGUGUCCACAGGGUGGCAUACAAACAUCUGUUUCAAUGUGAAGGAUGUAGGUGACCCUUAUUGGUGGGUAUACUGGUGCAAGUGCAUACUAAUGCACCAAAACUGGGGACAAUUUGCAAACUGUGUCAGUUUUAAUAUCAAGUAGUCCAGAAAUCUAUCCAAAAUCCACAAAUAACUGUUACCUAUUGAGCAUACUCGGAACCCUUUAACUUCAAGUAUUUUAAAGUUUACAAUGAUACAAAUGAUUCAGAAGAAUAAAACCACCUGAGCACAAAGACGUUUCUCUUGAUGCACGCAGUACUUCUGUUUAGUUUUGGGCACAGAUUGUAUGGCACUUGGUGAAAGAUAACAUUUUUGUUUUGAUUUGGGAAUUUGUCAAUUUGUUUUUUAUUUUUGAGAAACUAGCAUCAGAAGAGGAAAAAUUGAGGCAUGUGGUGUAACAAAAGUAGGAAAAAUCAUAUUUCACAAAUUAUUUCACCUGAACAGAAUGACAAAUACAAUCAGCAAAAUGCUUAACAUUAAUUUUUCAGAAAUAACUCGAGCAUAGUAUAAAAAGACUGAGGAAAAUGGUGUAAUAUCUUUAUAAAGAUGUUACACCACCAGCCAUAUUGCAUGUAUUGUUAAUUUGUGAAACCUGUAAAGAUGGUUGAUAGAUUUGUGUUCUUUCAGCUGAAGAAACUUUCUAUGCAUCAAGCUUCACAGACCAAGUGUUUGAGUCUGCUUCCCCUGGUGAUGUGUGACAUUUGUGUGUUGCCCUUAACAAAAUAAUAAUCUGAUUAUAUUUUGGACGAAGUGAGCUUUUUCUUUCUUUCUUUUUUUAUGAAACUAAAUAAAAUAUUACUAGCAAU